AUGGAGAGCAGAAUGAUCCGCCCUUCGCCUGAUGCAGCUCUUGUACCCGAAGAAGGGAAAUUUGCUGAAGUAUAAAAUGCAUUAGCCAAUGUUCAUCCUCACAUGCGUGUUGAUAAGAAGGAGGAUAUCCCAAGUAGACUGCAUUACCAAUACAGCUGUAGAAUUCAACCAAUUUUAGCAGUUGAUGAAGGAUGGGAAAUCUUGCAAAACAAAUCUGAAUUUGUAUGGAAUAACCACAGAUGUGACAAUGUGCUACCAGAUACGCAGCCUAUCUUCUUAUCUCAUGGGCCUGCCUUUAGAAAGAACCUCACCAAGCAAGCUAUGAAUUCCACAGUAUAUCCCCUUUUGUGUCAUCUCUUGGAUAUUACUCCACUGCCCAACAAUGGGUCGCUUGACAGUGUGAAGGAUCUGCUUGUUAGUGCCGUCCCAAAAGAGCCACAACAUAUAAACUAUCAGCAAGAAUCCUUUGCCUGUUUUAUUGGAGUUUUUCUUGCCAGCAUACUUGUCUUUGUCUUUCUUCUAGUGUUCAUAAAACAUUUAAUUCACAGUCACUUGCCAGGUCUGUGGGUACAAAAUGCUGAAAUAAUUGAGCCAUUGCUUCAGACUUAA